AUGCAAGCAAACGAGAAUGAGGAUGCGGGCGAAGAGGUGAAGCCAGCGAAAUGCCUCCCUCUGCAGGCCGCGGAGGCCAGGCAUAAGCGUAGUCGUCCAAACUUCAGACCGGUGCUGCUCGAAGUGGCAGGUUCGCUGGGUGACACGGUGUGCCAAGAGGUCACAAAACGCCUGCGACAGUACCGCAACCGAUACGCCCCCAUCCUCAGACUGACAGCCACGCUGAUGGCACCGGCGGUGCAGGAGGUGGAACUUUUUGGUCCUUGCGAAGCUAUUGAGGGCGGUGAUGGGAGGAGCACAAACAGCAAGGAGGGGGUAACCGAAGAGAGAGAAGAUGGAAGGUGUGAACACAGUAGAAGCGGCACAAGAAGCGAUGUCUCCAUGACAAGGAAGAGACCAAGAGAGGAUGCGAUCAUCUCCGCUCCUCGGGCCGCCAUCAUGGCAGAAAAUCGAAUUGAAGUUGUGCGUCGCCUGCAUGAAAACAAUAAUAGUAUGACUGCUGUUGAGAAGCUGGAGGCAUUUAUGGCCUAUCAAUUUCUUCCAUUGGCGCUGACGCACAAUUGUCGGCCAGAGUCCUCAAUCACCGAGACAUCGUUUGUGCUUCGCCAUUACGUGCACGAGGUGACACGCACGUCCUCCUUCCUCAUUGCCGACCUUACGGAACGCACAGCCGCCAUUAUUGACCCACAGUUUGACAUUUCUGCGUACGAGGCGGAUAUUGCAGCGUUACAGCUUCAAUUGUGCGGUGUUGUGCUUUCGCACUGCUUUGUGGACAUUGCAAUGGGGCAUGCCUCACUGUUGGCAAGACAUCCGGAGGCGGUGCUGCUAACCGGCACGCCGUGGAUGCAGGGGAUGGAGAUGCCCGCGGAAGCGUGGCCGACAUUGCCACUAAGCCCACGUUUGCAACUUUGCUGUGUUCCCGUGCCCUCAUUUUCCCCCGAAUGCAUGUUGGUUGAGUUGCGGUUUGACUCCACCCUGCUGGCACUCUUUACCGGUACUGUGUUUGGCACCGAUGCUGCCCCGCGUCACGACUUCUUCGCCGAGUUUCCGGGACUACUUCCCCCAACAGGUACCACCACGCCCCCAGAUGCGGCAGCGAGGGUGGCGCAGCGUUUUCUCAAAGAGCGUCUGUGGGACAGGUACUUUGCCCAGUCGGCUGAGGGCAGCAAAGGGCAGACACCGGACCACGUUGUCGUGUUUCCGUCCCACGGAGGGUACAGCAACGUGACGCACCAGCUGGAUCUCUACUGGGCCGUUCAUUUGGGCGAUCUAAAGCGAAUGAAUCACUCCCGCAAGGUGAUAGACAAUCUAUUGGACCCCGCGGCUUACGCCACGUACGUUGAGGGGCGUCCACCGCUUCCCAAGACGCCAUUAUUCUCGCAUGUAAGAGAACACAAUUUGCUGGCCGUUCCCUCUGCAUUCGGUGGAAGCGGAGCCAAACUCCUCUCACGGAACUGUUUGACUUAUCAUCAUCUUCAAAGUUCCCAUGAUGCCCUUGCGGCCGCCGCGGCAAUGACGCCCAUCGUUGUAGACAUCCGGGGCAGCGCCGACCAUGAGAAGGCGCAUCUGAAGGGAUCUGUGAAUGUUCCUAUGAGUUUUCCAGCCACUGCCUACGGUGCCAAGAAGGCCGAGUUGUGGCUUCAGUGUUUGCUGCGACCACUUCAACCCAUUGUCGUGAUUUGCGCAAGUGAGCAGCAGGCUCCGUUGGUACGAAAGCGACUAGCGUUGAUAUCCCCGGGUGCACCAAUAGAAACCUACACCGCCAAAGAGCUGGAGGCCCCUUCCAGUCCUCCUUCUGCAGUUGGCGCAGACACGCAGACAAAGGGCUGCAUUACAGUCAAGCCUCUUCCAAUAGCCAUUCCGUCGAGGUAUUUGCCGCGCCAGCUUCUUUGGGUUACUGACUCGGACGCAUGUUCCUUUUUUCGGAUUGCUAACUACCAACAGCUUCAAUAUAUUGAACCAUCUGAAGAGACCUUGGUCCUCGACUGCCGCACUUCGUACGAGUUCAAGAAUGGUUCGCAUAAGCACAGCAUUCACAUUCCUUUGGCGGAUCUGUGCCAGAUAACAGCCCUGGAUACGAUGCUUCCAUCAUCACCCUCCUCGUCAUCGUCGACAAGCGCCACACGUAGGCAUGAGACGCCGGUGGUUGAUUUUUGUGCUCCAUCCUCACGCCUUGGACAAACAUUUUUGGAGAAGAUGUACGAGAGCUGUACGACCGCGGGCACCCAAUGUCGUUCUUUGUGCCAGGGUAUAAAAAAAAUUGUUGUGUACUGUGCCAGUGGAUAUCGCUCCAUCAUUGCCGGCUCUCUGCUGCGUCGGGCAUUUGAAGCAGCCGCCGUGUCGAUUGAGGUGCGUGACGUGGCAGGAGGGGCUCUGCAGAUCAUGAAGCAAAGACCAGACCUCUGGACGGUGAAGGAUCGCUCCAUCAUAUGCGUCAGCUGA